AUGGAAAUCUAUCUAGCUCGGAUCUCUCAGCAUGAUGACGGUACACUUUACGUGGAGCGGAAGCAGACUACGCCGAUUGACGCGGAGCACUACGUCGCCAUCUCUCAUGCAUGGGGCCACCCGAUGACAAUCAAAGAAGUCCAUAUCGAAGGGGUAGGAUCUGUUAAGCUCAGCCCAGGCAAGCCAGAUCUUCUAUCUAUUCUACACCGGCCCGACGUGUGCGGUACCGGCUGGUUCUGGCUAGAUCUCUUUUGUAUUGACCAGAGUGACGGAUCGCCUAUCAACAUUUCAGAUCAACGUAUGGUCAUUCCGGCCAUUUAUAGACAUAACAUUAUCACCGUUGUACUUAUCGAGUCGCCCGUAUGUCGCGAAUGGGCUAACAAUGUUACUGCCGCUGCACACGAAUACGUUAAUGAUGCCGCUGUCUUCGAUGAGAAGGAGGCGCAUCACGCAAGGGAGUGUCCUAAUCUCGUGCUGAUGGACCCGUGGUUCGACCGCCUCUGGACCCGACAAGAGGGACUCUAUUCCACAAAGCUUAGAAUGGUUAUCCUUAACGAGGCAAAAAAAGAAGCCGUGAUCAAUUUCAUUGCUGAUAAGAUGGCGUAUCACGGAAUUAAUAGUAGCGGUGAUUCCCAAAUACGGAUAUCAUUCUAUAUGGAUUUGAUAUAUAAGACCCAUAUAGAAAUCUCCUCGUACGGAGGUUACACUGGUCCUUCUCCUAGCUACGUGCCGCUUAUGGAGGCUUGGAGAAGCGGCCGUAUAACAACGAAGACCCAAGACUACGUCCUUGCUGUUUUUCCAGAUGUCGAAGGAUACUGUGUGCCACUGGGAGCUCAGAACCUAUCUUUCAGCGACCUCUUGAUGAACGCAUACGAGCAGAUAUUGGAAAGUCCUAAGAGCAUCACCGAAGCUUACGAUCCAAUCCUUAAUAUAAGAACAAAUCAUCAUGCAAAAGGGCAAAAAAACUUUGCGGAAUCCACUUCUAGUGUAAAGUCACGCAAAAGUGGCCCAUGUACAGUUAAAUCUAGGCGGCCUGAUAAAUGGGAUCAAAAAGGCCUACAGGAUCUUUUUGAAGUCUGGAAAAGCAACGCUAAUCUAAUUCGACACAUAAUUCUUCUGGCACCUUCGGGCCCUUGCGUUGGGUCAUCUAGGAUAUUUAAAUCUGAAGAGGAAGUGCUUCACCGAUUCUUCGCUUGCAAGUUUGCAAAACCGGCGGUAGAACAAUUCCUCUCUAUGCCAUCGCCAACACUGCCUAUUUGGCUCUCGGGCUUCGUCCAGCAUGGGGUCGUCUUUAAGCAGGAACUAAAACUAUUCUUAAUCUGCCUAAUAUGUGGGACGACCUUGGCUUGCGCUACCAAAAUCUUAGAGCAUGCGGAAGUGGUAAUAGUUAUCGCCAAGGAUACAAAGUGUAAAGAAAUGCCUGCCUUGGUGAACCGGUCUGCUUUUUCGGCGUCUAGUCGCCAUCGUUUGAUACUUGGGGGCAGUGGUUUCGAGGACUUACAGGGCCUCUUUUUACUAACGGCUGCUAAAAGCUCUAAGCAAGCUAGAGUCGUUGUAGGUAGAACGAUGAUCCCGAAAACUUAUCCUCGGGUCAUAGCUUCAGUCAAGUCCGGGGGUGUCUUUGCGUAG